AUGUGUUUGGCCAUAGAGGAAAACGUUUCUCCUCAAGUUUCAUACAAACGCUUCAGGAGGCGGAUCAUCAGGCGGAGCGCUUCUGCAAGUACACCGGUGGCCACUGGGGGGCAGUGUGAGCCCAGCUUUGAGUUUGACACAGUCUGCCAGAGGCUGGAACUGGACUCAUCGCUGGGAAACCCUCCAGGGCCGGAUGAGCGAAGACAUCAUGUUCAGCCUUUUGCUGUUCUGAACCAAAGUGAGAUCGUUCAGGGAAAGACUCUCAUGAAGUUUGGAGCACCAUCACUGCUGAAUGACUACUACACUAAUCUUCUGGACUGCAGUUGUGAUGGUAUGGUUGCGUUAGCACUGAGCUCCUCUGUUUACCUUUGGAAUUCAAAAACUCGUGCUCUGGAGGGAUUUUUGGCUCCAAGUCCACGCAGAGGACCGUCCCACUGUCACUCCAUCUCGUCUCUGUGCUGGUCCAGGGACGGCACUGCGCUGUGCGUUGGGACCAGACGGGGGGAAGUGCAGCUGUGGGAUGUUGAACAGCAGCAGGCCACGAGGUGUUUGGUGUCACAUCUAACUGCGGUUGGAGCACUUUCCUGGAAACAGCAUUUACUCAGCAGCGGCUCUGUUCUUGGACAUAUCCAUCACCUUGAUCCUCGGGCGCCUGCACCGGCGGUAGGUUCAUCUGUCCAAAGCGAGGGGAUCUGCAGCCUGCAGUGGUCACCGGGUGACGACUGGCUGGCCAGCGGCUCCACAGGGGGUCUCCUUCAUGUCUGGGACAGUAACAUCACGGGAGUCAAAAGGUCACGUCGGCCCCUCACAACAAUGAGACAGCCAAGUGCCGUUAAGGCAAUGGGAUGGUGUCCGUGGCAGAGAAAUGCGAUCGCCACGGGAGGCGGGUGGAAAGACGGAGAGCUGAGAAUCUGGGACACACAGUCGGGUUCUUGUGUGACUUCUGUAAACACAAAUUCACAGAUCUGUUCCCUACGAUGGGCUGAGACGAUGAGAUAUCUGGUUACUGGUCAUGGAGUUCCUCAUCAUCAGGUCACCGGCUGGACCUGGGAUUUUCCCUCCGUCCGCCCCAUGUAUGAGCUCACGGGUCAUUCUCAGCGAGUCCUGCACUUGGCCAUAAACCCUGACAACGAUCAAAUCUUCUCGGCCGGAGCCGAUCAGCGCUUCCUCAUCUGGGGCCCGUAGUCGUCGACGUGAUUCAGGAUGGACGUCGUGUGUCGGUGGAAUAUCGACCUGAAUAUUUUGUCCCCAGACACUGAACUAUGUUAGUUUUCUUGAAAAAAAAAACUGCACAUUUCCUGUCUUCAGCCUGUCUGUUCUGACUAAACCAAAAUUUCCAGCCAGUCAACCACCGGUUCACACCUGCGUGCUUCAGAUUACAACAUUCAACUGAUCUUUUUUGUUUGCGUCAUUAUUAUUGUGACAGGUGGUUAGAUUAAGAGAAAAUGGUUCAAUUUCGUCAAUACUGACACAGGAAAUCCCUAAAAUGUUGGACACAAUGUCCUAUUAGCUCAUUCAUACUUUUGACUUCAUCUGUUGAAGUUCACUUAAACAUUCAGGUGAAAAUUAUGAUGUUCCACUUACUGCGUGUCAAAUGUGUUUUGGUACUUCUUUACAUAUAAAGUAAUGAGUAAAACCCAGUGAUGUGAAUGUCUCAUGAAU